CACAUUCAUAGACGAAGAGAGAUUCGCGCAAUCUUGAUAAGCCGAAGCAGCAAUGGCAGCUCAAGCUCUCGUCGCCGUCGUGGCCAUUGCCGUGCUCGCGCGUUCAGCCGCCGCCGCCGCCACUGCCGCGGCACCGGCGGCGGCCAAGGGCCCGGUGACGUACGUGUUCGGCGACUCGAUGUCGGACGUGGGGAACAACAACUACUUCCCGCUCUCCCUCGCCAAGUCCAACUACCCCUGGUACGGCAUCGACUACCCCAAUGGCGUCGCCACCGGGAGGUUCACCAAUGGAAGAACCAUCGGAGACUACAUGGCUGACAAGCUCGGCGUCCCGUCCCCGCCGCCGUUCCUCUCGCUGACAAGCGAUGAUGUCCUCGGCGGCGUCAACUUCGCCUCCGGCGGCGCCGGCAUCCUGAACGAGACGGGCGUCUACUUCGUUCAGUACUUCUCAUUCGACGAGCAGAUAACGUGCUUCGAGAUGGUCAAGAAGGCGAUGAUCGCCAGGAUCGGCAGAGAGGCCGCCGAGGUCGCCGUCAAUGCAGCGUUGUUCCAAAUUGGACUUGGGAGCAACGACUACAUCAACAACUUCUUGCAGCCGUUCAUGGCGGACGGCCAGACGUACACGCACGACACGUUCAUCCGCCUCCUCAUCACCACCCUGGACAGGCAACUAAAGAGGCUGUACGGGCUCGGCGCGAGGAAGGUGGUGUUCAACUCGCUGCCACCGCUCGGCUGCAUCCCGUCGCAGCGCGUCCACUCCGGCAACGGGAAGUGCCUGGACCACGUGAACGCCUACGCCGUGGAGUUCAACGCGGCCGCCAAGAAGCUGCUCGACGGCAUGAACGCCAAGCUGCCCGGCGCGCGGAUGGCGCUCGCCGACUGCUACUCCGUCGUCAUGGAGCUCAUCGUCCACCCCGAGAAACACGGGUUCACGACGGCGCACACGUCGUGCUGCAACGUGGACACGACGGUGGGGGGCCUGUGCCUGCCGAACUCGAGGCCCUGCAGCGACCGCAAGGCGUUCGUCUUCUGGGACGCGUACCACACCUCCGACGCCGCGAAUCGGGUCAUCGCUGACCUCCUCUGGGACGCCAUGCCGAGCGCCGGGAGCGGAGGCGCUGCCACCCCUCUCGCCGCGUCGCCGGCGCCGUCUCCGUCUCGGGCGCCGUAGUUGA